AUGUGCCGCGCUAAGAAUACUAGCAAUGAUGAUUCCAUUAAUCGUGCUGUUUAUGAUAAUGUUGAUUUACAAACAGAGAUCGCUGGUCUUCGUGAAGCAAUUGAACAAUUAAAUAUCAAUUUAACAAUUGAACGUCAAAAAAAUGCACUUCAACGUCAACAAAUUGAUCAAUUAAACGUAUCCUUAACUGCUGAACGUCUCAGUACAGUAGCUCAAUUAAUAGAUCUUAUGAUUCAAAAAACAGACAAUGAAGAAUAG